CACACACGGCGCUGGUCAGUGAGUAGAGAGAGUGCUUUUCUUCUGCGCAGAGCUCAUUGAGGAGCUGACAGAGUGUGCGCGCGGACCGAAGCCUCUGGUUCUCCUGAAACUCCAGAUUAUCCUCGCUUUGACUCCACCGAGGACACGUUGGACUCUCCGGACUGUUAUCCUCUGUAUUCUCUGGGCUGCACCGGGCUUUUCUCACAGGCUCUGGUGUUUUCCUGGUGAUGACCUCACUGCUGUUUCCUGCCCACGCUGCGAUGAAGGACCUCUCCUCUUCCUCCUCUCCUCUCAGCACCCUGCUCCAUUACCCGAACUCCAAAUCCUCCGUCGCACCGUUCUCCCCGUCCGCCGGUGCCGCCUCCUCGCCCGGAACCACGCUAUCCUCGACUCCGAUCUCCAAACCUCAGCCCUUCUGCCUGCAGACCGGGCCGCACCUCAUCGCCAGCAUGCAGCUGCAGAAGCUCAACUCGCACUACCAGAACCUCGCCGGUGCUUCUGCCGGACACCCAGCACCCGGCGGCGCUCAAAGGGGCUUCGGUGCCUCGCCUCUGGGCACGGGAAACCAGUUGCUGGGGCCGUCUGGAGGCCUGGGUGGAGGUGGUAUGAACAUGGGGAACCAAAGCACCGGUGCAGGUGCAAUUAUCGACUUUGACCCCGUGGACGAGGAGGUUCUCAUGUCACUGGUCGUUGAGCUCGGAUUGGAUCGAGCCAACGAGCUGCCUGAGCUCUGGCUGGGUCAGAACGAGUUUGACUUCAUGUCAGACGUACCGGCCGGAUGCUGACCUACGAGGAGAAAGACUUUCGAGAUGAUUGACAGACAGAGAGAUCCACUGUCCCUUUCCUUUUCUUGGUCCAUACGAAGAGGAAACUGAAGCUGAAAUACAAAGAGAUAGAGAUUAGAAGCACUCUCUUGUUCCUAUUUUGUGUUUAUACUCUAUAUGCAGACGGAUAAGAAAACAAGACAGCUUUUGUUUGUUGUUUUUGUAAAAGCAGAAAGAGUGCAUUGUUCUUCUCUAGGAUCAAAAAGCCCACCUGAUGGGAUUAAGAAGUCUUUUGUUGCCUCAUUGCACUCUGAUUUCUUGGUUUUCAUUUGAAGGAAAACCUCCAAAGCAGGAGCAGAAACCAGGACUAUUUCUGCCGCUGCUCUGUAGUAAUGGCUUAAUGAAAACAAGGUGAUUGACGGCUGGUUGGAGACGGUCUUUGGAAACACACCUGUUGGACUUUCACAGUGCUGUACUCUCUCAAAAAACAUGACAUUAUGGGAGGUUUGUGAAGGAUGACAAACACUACGGUUCCUGUUUUCUUGAAGGACAAUAUUAGACUCUGGUCUCACGGGAAAGAGCCUCCUGUCUCUCGCCCUCACAAAGAUCACAAAGACACUGAUUGUCUGAGGACUGGUUAUCUCAAUGUUCUGUUCUUUCUUUCCUCUUUUUUUUUUUAGUUUGAGUUAAGUUCAACCACUCUUAUUCACAGAACAUGUUAUUUAAGACAGUGGCUGAUAUCCAUCUGGACUUGUUGACAAGGAGCGCUUCUGUAGCGCGUCUAUAAUCAGUUCUCCUUUUCUGAACAUAAUGAAUUAGAUCAAGGGGAAUCUUCCGAAGCAUGGGACCUGAAUGGAGUUUCUUUCUCUGGAAGCAGCCUCUUUUAAAACUGGGCCUUUUUUUGGGUCAUGUGAGAUGCUGAUUUUGUUUUCUGGCCUGCAGUGUAAGAACAUUGACCCGGUUGGUGUCACUGACCCUUAAUAGCACUUCCUCUUACAUGGAAUAACAAGGUCUUGUUAACCUAAUGGCAAUAAUGGACAGGUUCAAAGUGCCCUUUGCCUUUUUUGUUUUUCCUGUUUUACCACGUUUCAUGUUUGUGUCAAAACAGUUUGUUUAGCCCCAACAAACCUUUACAUGAUAUCAGUGUCCCUGAUAAGGAAGUGUUUUCUGUUUGGUCAUCAUCAGGCAUGGAGGCGGCUGUUUGCACAUGGCAGAUUUUAAGUUAAACACACACUGUGGUUUGGUUUCAGCAGUGCAAGCUUUAGGACGGUUGGAGUUGGACCAAAUGAGCUAAAAAGCAUCACAACAAGCUAGCACUGCAACUACUGUCAUCCAUAUUUAAGAACCUCAUCGUUUUUGGAUUCUGUUGAACGAUUAUAAACUGUCCAGUGUACAAAAAAAAAAAGACUUUUGUUUUUGCAAUCACUCUCUGCUAAACAUUUGACUUUGGCUACUUGGGGAAACGUUAGCAUUAGCUGUACAGUAGAUCUGUAUGGAUAGCAUGUGGCUAAACUCUUACAAGAAACCAUGUUUUGUGAAAUAUACUUUAUAAUAUCAAUAAUAAAAUAGAAGUUUUACAAAACAAUGCCAACUCAAACUCCAGCUUUUUCUCUGGCUCUUUUCUAUCAUACAAGUAAGCAUUGAAGCUAACUCGGAAGCUAACUCAUAAGAGCUACUGAGCUCACACAUCAAAUCAAACUCAAUGACAGGACAGGACUGCUUGUUCAAAUAAGUGAAGCUGAUUCCUUCAAUACUGAAUAUCAAAACAAAGCUAGUUCGCCUGCAACCACUUUUUAUAUUUGCAUUUACUUUAUUGGACUUCCUUGAUGCUGCCAUUUGUCUUUAAGUUUGUCAAGUUCGCUCUCCAUCCACCUGGUGUUUGGUUUUACCUGGUGUUGCACACUUAUGGUUGGGAAAUACCCAGGGGUUAAACUGACACCCACCCCCUCCACCUUUUCCCACCUAUAGCAGCUUUACUGAGCUGUUUCAUGCUGCAGAUUGAACCAUGUUAGCACGGGGGCUGUGACCCAUACCUGUUGUGGUAACAAGAGCCGGGGCUUGAACUGCGAAGUUGGAACAAAGGCCUUUCACUCUCAACCUGGUGUGUCUGUCAUCCUGGGCAUUGUGGCUCUCCUCUUGGACCACACACACAUGAAAUAACACACCUGUUCAUAUGCAAACUGAAACUAAACUACGUAUAAAGGCAUCGAAAUAAACCCAGCACACAUGCAGGAUGGUAUUACAGCAGGGAAACGGGAGUAGCAGCCAUGAAACAGGCACUUGUUCAAUUACACACACGCACACGUACAAGCACACACACACAGAUAGUGAUGUCAGAGUGUCUGAAAAUGCAAGUGUGUGAGGGGAAACUAUGAGCAGCAGGUAUUACGUCUGCAGGAAAACCGUUGGUAGAGGAAAAAACACGCCGAGGCUCAUUAAUUUAUUUAGAUUUAGACAGGUCAGUUUACACACACUCAACGAGGCCGUUAUUUUCCCUGCACACAUGCUUCCUUACAUAAAUUUUGCCGUCGAUUAUACGUUUCAGUUACACUCAAUGAACUUCCUUCUCUUUCUUUAAUGAAACGUGAGAAGCAGUGAAUAAUGAAAACUCGAUGAAGGAGUAAUUUGACAAAUUCCUUUCUUAAAAAAAAAAAGGAUUUCCCCGCUUUUAUUCAAAGGAGUAGCUUCUCAUCGCUUCAGAAUCAAAAAGACAGGCGCGCUGAUUCCACCUUAUCCUCCAUCUCAUCGCCUAAGUGGGUCAAAAUAACAUUCUUCAGAUUGAAGACAGUCUUGUGUUUGCUUCCAUCUGCUCGACUUUUUUUUAAAGCCCUUCUUGUGAGUGUGUGUGUGUGUGUGUGUGUGUGUGUUGUUUGUGGUCUGGGCUUGAUCCCAGCUGAGUGAAUGUUGCUUUGCCUCCCCUCCUCCUCCUCCCCCUCCCCCUCCUCCUCCUCCUCCUCCCUUGAGAAGUUCCCUGGUCGAGAUGUUUGAAUAUUCUGAGUGUUUUCAUUUCCUCUUCUCCUUGACGCCCGAUAUUGCAGUUUAACCCCGGCGGUGACCUCUUGAACCCAAAUAUUCCUCACAGCUAUUUGGUUUCUAAUGACAAAAGCGUAACUUCAAGCAAAAAUAUUCCUAAUUUUUUGUUUAAAUUGAGCCUGGAAUACCACGUAAGUGCAUUUAAGCAACUAAAUGAUCACAGAAUACGUUGGUAUUGACCCACAAAUCUCUCGUAAGUUGUUCGAAUUGCGUGUUUUUGGGUAAAACUACAAAUCCUAAACUCAAAACAGAUCAUUUUCAGAGUAAACUACAAGUUUGAAGUCUGAAUUCCUGUCUUUUUUCUCCAUAAUUAAAGUCAUAUAUUUACCAUAUUUGCAAGCUAGGACUCUUCAAUCAACAGAACACUAAUAACCAACAAGUUUAAUAAUUCAUUUCUGGUUCAAAACAUGUUUUACUAACUGGCAGACUGAAGAAGAUGCCACGUACAGCCAUUAAGGGUAGCACAAUCCUCAUAUCCGGACCGCCUAACCUCCAAAAUAACACGUAAAAUGAGUGUAUUUCUGUUUAAACGUCAGAAAACGAAGAUGUUAAGACGUUAUUUCCCCAUUUCAACCAUUAAACGGAUUACAAAACCUUCUUUAUUCACUUGUUUUAGGAUGUUGAGGUUCGUCCUGUGCUCUGGAUCUGCGUCUCGUGGUCUCUACAACAUACAAAGUGGAUUUACAGCUUCCAUUUGACAGCAGUGAUUUGUAGCCUCCGAGCCUCAGGGUCAUGAAAAAUGUUCCAGCACAUGAAGGCCUGUGAAAAGCCUCGACAUGAGCGAUGAUAUAUCUGUUAAAAGGUCUCUGUUACAAGGUUCCCUCUCCGCACGUAAUGAAAAUGUUCAUCCAGGUCUGCUUGUGAAACUGAAGCUGAUUUAAUCAUCAUAUUUACGUUUGAACCUGUAGAUAAAACAUCUGACUCUGUGUUUUAUUUUCUGUUUCCUUUUUUCCAACGAUGAAAUGAGUAUUAUUCAAAGAUGAUUUUUAAAGCACUUUUGCUCGACGGCUCUCACUUGUACAUCUAUAUGAAUAUGUAAAUGAUUGAGAUCAUAUAUGAAAAAAAAAAGCUUGUAUUUUUGUUACGGCUCUGAGUUUUGGGGGAAAUAAAGAAAGUGAAAAUUGAA